CGCAGCGGGCGCGGCGGGGGAACGAGAUGAGCAGCGCCGGCGCCGCUGCAAGAUGCUGGAUGGACACGUCCUGCUGGGAUGGCUCUCCUCCUGCGCGCUCCUAGGGCUGCUCGCCUGCACCCCGCGGCCCUCCGCCGCCUACUUCGGGCUGACGGGGAACGAACCCCUGACCAUCCUCCCUCUGACCUCAGAAAUGGAGGAGGCGGCCGUCAAGGCCCACUACAAGGUGUGUGACCGCCUGAAGCUGGAGAAGAAGCAGCGGCGGAUGUGCCGGCGCGACCCCGGCGUGGCCGAGACGCUGAUGGAGGCCAUCAGCAUGAGCGCCCUCGAGUGCCAGUACCAGUUCCGCUUCGAGCGCUGGAACUGCACCCUGGAGGGCCGCUACCGCGCCAGCCUGCUCAAGAGAGGUUUCAAGGAGACAGCCUUCCUGUACGCCAUCUCCUCGGCGGGGCUGACCCACGCCAUGGCCAAGGCGUGCAGCGCGGGGCGCAUGGAGCGCUGCACCUGCGACGAGGCCCCCGACCUGGAGAACAGGGAGGCCUGGCAGUGGGGAGGCUGUGGGGACAACCUCAAGUACAGCAACAAGUUCGUCAAGGAGUUCCUGGGGAGGAAGCCCAACAAGGACCUGCGAGCCAGGGUGGACUUCCACAACAACCUGGUGGGCAUGAAGGUCAUCAAAGCCGGCGUGGAGACCACCUGCAAAUGCCACGGCGUGUCCGGCUCCUGCACCGUCCGGACGUGCUGGAGGCAGCUGUCCCCCUUCCACGAGAUUGGCAAGCAGCUGAAGCAGAAGUACGAGACCUCGCUCAAGGUGGGCAGCACCACCAAUGAGGCCACGGGGGAAGGCGACAUUUCCCCCCCUAAAAAAUCCAUCCCUGGCCACAGCGAUCAAAUCCCAAGGACUACGGAUCUUGUCUACAUUGACGACUCCCCGAGCUUCUGCCUGAUGAGUCGCUAUUCCCCCGGCACCUCGGGACGGAAGUGUUACAAGGACAAGAACUGCGACAGCAUCUGCUGCGGCCGGGGCCACAACACGCAGAGCCGGGUGGUGACGCGCCCGUGCCAGUGCCAGGUGCGUUGGUGCUGCUACGUGGAGUGCAAGCAGUGCACCCAGAGGGAGGAGGUUUACACCUGCAAGGACUGACACGACCUGCGGCUCCUGCUGCACUUGGGCCAGCUUGGAGAACUGCCUAUGGAGACAAACAGGGUUUGAUUGACCUUCUGGCAUCUGGAAGCUAUGUUGAGACAUAAGCACUUUGUAGGGUACAGGUGACCCAGCUGUGUUGCUGUUUUGUUUUGGGGUUUUUUGUUUUGGUUUUUUUUUUUGUUUUGUUUAUCCUGUAGACUGAAUUUUCAUGAGGUCCAACCAUGUGGAAAUAAGUGCCUGUCACACUGGGGUUAGACACCAGUUGACGUUCACCUUCAUCACCUACGUAGUUUGACGGAUCAUUUCUCCUUGGAACGUUGUUUCAGCCAUCCUCCAUGAACUCCUGGGCUAAGAGAUUCCUUUGGCAUGAAUAUCCUGUACUUCUUUAUUCCUGGAGCUCACCCAACUGCUCAGAGAGCUGAGCAGAUGCAAAAGAUCUUUCCGCUUUGAGUGCGGUGGUGCCGGAAGCGGACAUUUAUUACUCCUAAAAUUGGAGUGGGAUUUGUAGAGAAUGAUGGGUUCUUCCAGUGGAGUUUCUGCACAUGGAGCAAACCAGGCUCUGACAAAGAGACCCACUGGAGCAUCAGCUCUUUAAUGACAGCUCUGUGUCCGCGUGCAUCAUCACCAGUACAGCUCAGAAACGUUGGGUCCACCACGCUGCAGAGAGAAACAGAUCCAAGAAAGAGGUUGGGAAGACAGCAGAACACCAGAUGUGCCUGUCCCCUUCAGUCCAAUCCCCUUCUUUAUUUAAAACAAUUCACCCAAAUACAGGCUCUUUAGCACUAUCGCUGUCUUAAAUUUAAUCUUUUUUUUUUUUUUAAACCACUAGAUACUUUUGUUUCAUUUUCACUUAGCGCAUGAUUUAUUUUUCUCUCCUCUUCCCACCUCUUGCUGAUGGAGGUCAACCUGUGGUAACUGCUUCAGAAAUCCCAACUGGAACUCGUGGAGCCUUAUGCCAGUUGAAUUUGGACGUGUUUCUCUUGAGUAGGACGAGAGGAAUCCGAGUGCCUCUUGGAACCCGGGGCUGUCUUGCCUUGUGGAGCAGCUGUUUUGGCCUGGAUCAGACCUCUGGAGGAGCUGACUUUUCUUUCCUAGGUCAUCAUUCCAUUUACUCUAAACCAUGGCAGUGGUACAUGACACAAGCUGUAUGUAAACCCUAUGACCUUAAGAUGAUUUUGGUUUUUUUGGUUUUUUUUUAACCACUAGAUCGAGAACUGUACUUUAAAAACACACCUGCUAAAUCCUAACAAACUCGUGGAUUUGGAAUAACCAAUCGACACAGAGACAACCUGAGAGAAGCCAGAAAUUUGACUGCAGGGGUUGAUCACUCCAGUGCUGUGAAACACAUGACAACCUCCAGCAUUUCUUUUUUGCUUGGAAGAGGAGAUUUACAAUCCAGGACUUGGCGUGCCAAUAUUCUUCAUAUAAAAGUGGAUUGGAGGCAGCCAGCAAAUUGCCUGAAUGAAGCUUUCUAAGGAAAAAAUGGGGAGAAGAGGGUGUUUUGUUUGAUUUUUGGUAGCAAUUUUUGAUUGUCCAGUAGUAGCAAUUUCCAGCGAGUUUCUCUAAGCCAUUGAUCUGGUGUUCAAAAGAGGAGAUUCUCAAACAUUAGUAAAAAUUAGUAAAAAAAAAAGAGAGCAAUUUCCCAAAAUGAACCAUUAUUUUUUAAAGUCUUUUUUUCCUUAUUUAAUUUUUUCCCCCAAAUUGUAGCCACUAAUAUUUAAGCUGUUCAUACGCAUCUGCUGGGAAGAGAAAAGAUAGAUUUGGGGUUUUCUUAGUAACAAAUACCUGCAGUCCAGCCUGGCUUGUUGGUAUCAAAUCUUGAGGUGGGGGCAGGGGGAGGGACAGGGUGUUACUGUUUAAUAGCACCAUGGCUCUGCAGAGUGAAGCAAAAUGUCUCUUUUUUUGGUGUUUCCUUAUUUGCUGUACUAUUCUGGAGGUUGGGAUAAUGCUGGAGGAGUGAAGGUGGAAUCCACAUGUGGAAUUCCCACCUUCCACCCCAGCAAAGCACCAGGAAGGUCUCACAGCUUUUUGGGAAAGUCACCCCUGAGCAGUUUAUCUAAUGGUUUAAAAAAUAAAUCGCCUAGAAACCUAUUAUUCAGUGUGUAUAUAUAGAUAUAUAUGCACACCUUGACACAUAAAUAUAUAUAUAUAUAAAUAUUGAUCAUUUAUUUAUUGUAAAGCCCUUCAGAAGGACCUUCUUAUGGUUUCAAUGUGGUAUUAUGUUAAAUUCUCUUUCUCCCCUUGUCUCUCUCUCUCACACAUGUGUGCAAACUCACUGUUACAUUUUUGUGUGUUCUAGAAUAGCUCUUCCCCUUUAAAGUAAAGGCAGAUCCAAACCUGCUCAAAACAGGAACUUUGGGAUCUGAAUUACUAUUUCUGGCUCCAUUCUUUUUUUUUUUUUUUUUUUUAAUCUGUUCUUAAUUAAAGGAUGGGCCGCAACUUAUGUGCAUUAUUAUUAUUAUUAUUAUUAUUUUUAAUUAUUAUUAUUAUUGUUAUAUUUAAACCAUGGGCCUCAUUUUCCUCCUUUUCACUGGUGUCUCUGUCUCCGUUGACCUCGCUGGAGUAACUCCACAUUGCACUGGUGUGAGAGGAGAAUGAGUCCCUAGAAGCAGAAGAGAGGGGAGUGUUGGCAUGGAUAUCCUGGCCAAAAAAAAAUGCUGGGAUGGGAUGGGAUGGGGUAGGGAAGCUUGGUGUGUUCAGCAGUGUGGGGGAGAGAGAGAUGGGUGGGAAAUAAGGCAGAUUGUCCAAGCUUGUCUAGAAGGAAGCAGCAAAGAGUGAAUGAACUACUGAGUGAAAGAGCUCUUCUGUGUAUUAUAACUCACGCACUGAAGCCUGGAUGCUUUCUGUAAGUAUUUAAAAAAAAAAAGACAAAAAGACAAAAAAAAAGACAAAAAAAAAAGAAUUACAAAAAAAUGAAUAACAAGGAAAAAAACCACCACAAAUUGUAUUUAUGUUCAUGUGGAUAUAGUACUUGCCUGUUAUAUAUUGUAAAUAGCAAGGUUUAUUCUCCUGUGGUUAAAAAAAAAAUAUAAAUAACUAAAUAGUAGCGAGGCACAUGUGUUAAAUGUAUAGGCAGUGUAUAAAAUAUACUAACACUCUGAAAUCAGGAGAACUUGUCUUCUUGGCCUUUUGACCUAGGGUGGUAAAACAAAUGUGGGUUAUUUUUCUUCUCCCCCCUGCACCACGCUGUGGGUGUGUUUUGGGUGGGGGGUCUUUAGUUCCAGCGUUUUCCAAUGUUUGCCUUAUCGUUGAAGAAGGAAUGGGGGCAAAAGCCUCCUUUUGGAAAAAUCCAGUGGAGCUUAAGUAGGAGCUGGGAGAAAAUCUGUCAAACCAUCUCAAAACCCUUUGAAGUGCUAGGCCUGGGUUUUCUGAUGGUGAGAGAUGUGUUGGAGUUGAAUUAACUCAUGGAGUACAAGUGCUACUCUUAUCCACAAGUCUGGAAAACCCUAAAUAAGAGACUGGGAACUCCUGUGUAAAACAUUGGGGAGUGUCCUGCAAAACCUUUUUGUCCCAGCUAGAUUAAACUGGAUUUUUCCAGAGAGGCUGAUUCUGCCACCACACCAUUGGAUCUCUAGUGCAAUUCAGUGAAAUUGCUCGGUUUUGUAAAACUACUUCAGCGGUGGGUUUGGGUCCCUGAACUUUUUCAUGGUGUCAUUUCAUAUAUAUAUAUAUAUAUAUAUAUAUUAAAAAAGUGCAAAGCAACUUUCCCCCUUUUUCUUAUCCCCAGAGAAACAGGAUUUUGCUCAGAUGUAACUGGAGAAGGACAGAUGGGUGGAGGGGAGAUCUCUGGUUCCUGACCCCCUUUCACCCCCUGUCCCCCCAAAAGUGUCAAAGUGUUGGUUCUCCUAAGCUGAUCCAGCCAGAUCAGUUUUGGGGUGGGGGGGGUGCAACCAUUAUUUAUAUAACUUUUUUAUUAAUUUUUUUAAAAAGAGAAGUUAGCUGAUGGAAGAAUAUUUUUAUUGAAUAGUGCAUUUUAGUUAUGUCAGAAAUAUAAAAAAAAAUAUAUAAUAUUUUUGUAAACAAGGCAAACUGAAAACGUUUGCUGUUUUAUAUUAGAAUUUUCUAUUAAAAGAAAUAAAAACCCACAGAAAUAAUUGUUGCACCCGUCAUCUGUUUUUUAACAAGCUUCUAUUCUGUGUGACUGACUCAUUUAUGCCGGAUGUGGAGAAAUGCAAAACAAGUCCUAAACAUUAUGUUCUCCUUAUCUUCCAGUUAUCAAAAACUCCAGUUGGUGAAACAAGCAGUGCUUAAUCAAAGGAGAUUUUUAAUUAUUAUCAUUAUUAAUGCUGAAAAUGAAAAAUGAGUAGCUUGUAAUGGAAAUAUAAAAAAAUCUACCCCAAAAUUUCAAGUUUACCCUUUUUUAGCUGAACAUCCCGAUUUUGAGAUGGGUCUGGAUGGAGGAAAUCGCAAAUCUAUUUGCAAUUAUUGGGGAUUUGCCAUUGAGCUCAGUUGGCUGGGGAAGAACAGCUCUUAAAAAGGUGGUUGGGGAAAAUAAAAUCAUAAUCUGAGUACAUUGGAAGGUUAAAUGAAGAGGACCAAAUUCCAGGCUUGAUCCAACACAAGCAACUUUUAUCUAUUUGAAUGGGGCAGUAUAAAACUGGGGAGCUGGGGAUUUGAUCUGCUGUGAUUCAGGAAGUUUGCCCAUCACCUUGGGAAGCAGGGAAUGAUUUAUGGACCCCCUGUUUUCUAAAGAACUUUUGGGAUUGCUGGUUUGGAGACCUGAGCAGGGGCUAAAACAAUUUCUGAGGAGAUUUUGUUGUCAAGCAGCUCGUUGACAUCUGCCUUCCUUCAGGCCAGGUCCGGAAUUCCUUUGUCUGCGGUUUUUCAGCUGCCCUGUUUUAGGGAACAUACAGUCGGGUGUUUUGGCUGGGGUAGGGUUGGAUGAGACCCCAGAUGAAGGGACAGAUUUCUCAAGGGUACUUUCAUGGAGUAGAUGCUGCUUAAGGUGAUUUUCUGGUGGAUUAUGGUGCCUGUGAAAAAUUCCUCGGUUGAUGCUGCAGUAAAAUCCGGUCUGUUCUGUACCCUGUGGAACAGGUGCAGUAAAGCUCCUCAUUCCUGGUUUAUCCAGCUCUGCGGGCACAUCUGUUGGGUUGAGUCUGGCUUCCGUGGCCAGCUCAUCCUGGAUUUCAGUUUUUGGGGUCCUAAUUAGGUGAUGACUUUUAGAAAGUGACGUUUUCCCACAAGAAAUACAAGAUGCGGCCUUUCUGGACCGCAUCGCUCAGUACGGCACAGGACCAGGUCCAGAGGAAUCAUAGGAAUCAUGGAAUGUUUGGGGUUGGAAGGGGUCUUUAAGAUCCAUCUCAUUCCAACCUCCUGGUUAGAUCUGCUCAACCCCCUGAAACCUGGCCAUGGGUAUUACCACUGAAUAGCUUUUGGAUUAUUCUUCACCAACUAACAUUCGAUUUGACCAAAUUAUUCACAGAGUAUUUCUGGAUAGAGCAAAUAAAAGAAAAAAGGGAAUCUUGAGGCUUUGUGGGUGGGGAGGAAAGGAAAAUGGAUCUGGCAGCACAGUUUUACUUUGGCUUCCUGUAACUACAAUUCCUCAGGUGCAGGGAGGGAGUGGGGAGUGAGGCCAGGAAUUAUGCAGAUACAUCAACUUCACCUGUCAGGGGAAACAUCAGAAUUUUGCCUUUCUCUCAGCUGUUGCUGAGUGUUUUCAGAAAUGGGGAAAAAAAAACCUUCUUAGCACCGGGCAAGAUGACCCAAAAGGCCAGGAGGUGACUUCCCUGUUGGCACUGAUGUGCAGUGGGUCUGGAAUCAUCCCCCUUGGGAAAGGAGCCCCUGGUCUGCAGAUCUGGGGCUCCUCUGGAAGGUGCUUGGCCCACGUGGAGGUGCCAGUUUUCCCUGCUGACAGUAGAAAGGGAUAAAGACAUCCAGGUUAGUAGAGGUGAGAUUGAAUUCAGGAAAAUCAGGAGAUGUGUGGGUAAUCCUUCCAGCUCCCCUUGAGCAUGGAUCCAUCUGAAACACCAAUCACCAAACCAGCCCAGGAAUUUCCCUUGGACCACCCCACCUUUAAUAAUUUGAAGCAGGAAUGUAAAGUCUAGGAUUUGUUUUGCACACCUGGGAUGGCAUUUCUUUUUAAAGGGAGGUGGGAAUACUAACAUGAAGGAUUAGUAUUUUUCUUGUUUUUGUUUUGUUUAUUUUCCAAUGUCUUAUGGGAGCCUAAGUUAUUUUUCUCUACCUCAUAUGUACAGCUUGUAGGUAUAAAUCUGAUUCUGAGUGACUGUUGAGAAUGUAUUUAAGUUAUUUAACAUCUUUGUAUAACAAAAAAAAAAGGAAAAAA